AACUGUCAAUGUAGCUACCUUUAGUAGUAAACAAACUUUCCUAAAUCCUUGAAGAUACUGUGACCCUGACUUUAGUAUUCACUGGCUGUUAAAGAGUUCAUUGAAGAAAGUAUGGUUUUGAAUUCCCGAUGAUGGAUACCCGAUUCACCAAGGGGAAAUCUGCCAUUCUUGAGCGCUCGCUGACCCGGCCGAAAACCGAGGUCAGUUUGAGCGCUUUCGCCUUGCUGUUCUCUGAGAUGGUGCAGUACUGUCAGAGCCGCGUCUAUUCAGUGUCCGAACUGCAGGCGCGUCUGGCGGACAUGGGUCAGAGUGUGGGCGCCAGCAUGCUUGAUGUCUUGGUGCUACGCGAGAAAAACGGCAAGAGAGAGACUAAAGUACUUAACAUCCUGCUCUUUAUCAAGGUAUCUGUGUGGAAAGCUUUAUUUGGAAAGGAGGCUGACAAGCUGGAGCAGGCCAAUGAUGAUGACAAGACCUACUAUAUAAUUGAGAAGGAGCCACUAAUCAACGCCUACAUUUCUGUUCCUAAAGAGAACAGCACACUGAACUGUGCCGCCUUCACAGCGGGCAUUGUGGAGGCCAUCUUGACCCACAGUGGCUUUCCUGCUAAGGUCACUGCACACUGGCACAAGGGGACCACGCUGAUGAUCAAGUUUGACGAAUCAGUCAUUGCCCGUGACAAAGCUCUGGAUAGCAGAUAGAGCAUGUGGUGCUGGAAUCACCUGAUUAGCUCAUUUGUAUAUUCUCAGAUGUGAAUAAAUACCUGAGAGACGGAAUGUGUUGUUAUGCAACACUCCAUGACUGACUGUUUGUGUGACUGAAAGAUGAGUAAUGUAUGACUGUGUAGGAGGUCUUAGUAUAUUUUCGAAUUGAUGGUCUUUUCUGUUUCUGUUUGUCAAAAAUCAUUCAUUCCUUCCAAUACAUACGCAUGACUUGUUUUGGUCAGAUGUUGUGUGGAUCGAUGAACGCUGUUAACAAAGAUGAAACUUAAAUCCAUAUGUUUUUGGAGUUUUUAUCUGUUGAUGUUGGACGAGGGGUGGGGGGUCUGGGAGUGCAUCUGAAAUUAUACUAGUUCAGAAUAUAAAAAUGGUGGCUUACAAUUUUGUAGAUAUGUUUUUGUUUCAUGAUAUGAGCAUUACAGUAAGGUAAAUGUUGUGAUGUUAUGUAUCAGUUGCACAGCUGCUUGUUUUUUCGUAUUCCAUCAAUAUGACAUCAUUAUGUUUAAUGUAUUUGACCCAGGGGGUCAAAAAGUCUAACUCCCCCAUUACUGUCUAAGUAUUAGUGAGAAGUAGGCUAAUGCAGGAAACUAUAAACAGUUUUCUUGGUUGUUACUAAUAAUACAUAAUAAUAAAAAGGUUGUUUCCUUCUUUGUUCA